CUCCUCGAAGUAUGGUACAUCCUGCAACGGGCAGGGGCGGGGUGUGAAGAGGCACGGCCGCACAUGCGCCCGGGACGUUUCCGCCUUCCGGGGAGACGAUGGCAACGCUCCGUCCAUACCUGAAUGCAGUCCGUGCCACACUUCAAGCUGCACUCUGCCUGGAAAACUUCUCAUCACAAGUUGUGGAACGCCAUAAUAAACCUGAAGUGGAAGUGAGGAGCAGUAAAGAGCUGCUGUUGCAGCCCUUAAUCAUCAGCAGGAAUGAGAAGGAGAAGGUCCUCAUUGAGGGCUCAAUAAAUUCUGUACGAGUCAGCAUUGCAAUCAAACAGGCGGAUGAGAUUGAAAAGAUCCUUUGUCAUAAGUUCAUGAGAUUUAUGAUGAUGAGAGCAGAGAAUUUCUUCAUCCUCCGGAGGAAAGCAGUUGAGGGCUAUGACAUCAGUUUCCUGAUCACCAACUUCCAUACUGAACAGAUGUACAAACACAAACUGGUUGACUUUGUCAUUCACUUCAUGGAGGAGAUUGACAAGGAAGUCAGUGAAAUGAAGCUGUCAUUAAAUGCCAGAGCUCGCAUCGUUGCAGAAGAGUUCCUCAAAAAUUUCUGAUACUGGUUGCAUUUGCUGUCAUCUAACAAGACCAAGGUUACGAGGAACUAUGUGAAACUGCACUGCUGGAAGAAAGCUUGGGGCGGGGGUGGGUGAAUCGUCUGCUGAAAGGGGACACAUACAAUAACCCAACCAGCCUGCUGGUAGGGGUUUGUACAAUAACUCAACCAGACUGCUGGCUUUAGUAUUAUUGGAUCAUUUUUCAACUGAUACUGUAUUUACAACAGCAAUCCCUGCUGUCAUUAGGCCUUUCAUAAAUUGAAGGGGCUAAGUUAAUGCAUUUGUAUUUUGAAAAAUAAAACAAAAUUUCAUUCGUA